UCAGUGGUGGCAAUACGGCGACAGCAUGCGAACAUGGAUGAUGAGAUGUUGAUGUGCUCUGGAUUUAAAAGCUUUUUAAGGAUUCUCACAUACACAGCCUAAUGCCAUCUAACACACUGGACUUGCCUUUGGUUGCUUGGAUUAACCUUGGUUAGGGCACUAGAUGUAGAUGUGAGGGGUAAGUACAACCGAUGUGAGAAGAACUCCAGGGGGCUCCACCCUCCCCAGCACCGUCCUACACCUUCAGAGCCCCUAUCCCUACAGCCAACAUGUUCUCCUCUAAUUUUCUAAGUGGGGGCAAUCCCCUAAGUGCAAUGUCCUCUGCUGUGAACAAGUUCAGUCUUUUUGGGGAUGAGACAAGUGUGGAAAAGCAACAGCCCCCAGGACCUACAAAGCAGAAGGAUUCUCAACAGCAGGGAAACAGCCAACCAAGUGGACAACAGCCACAGGGUGUGGGCAGGGGCAGCCAAGGAGCUGGACGUGGUGCAUCUCAACCCCAAGCAACUGGACGCGGAGGACCUGUACAGCAGGGAGCUGGUAGAGGAGGUCUACCGCAACAAGGAGCUGGCAGGGGAGGGCUGCAACAAGGAGCAGGUGGGAGUGGAUCUCCUAAGCAGGUUGUAGGCAAAGUUGGAUCUCCGCAACAAGGCCCAAGAAAACCUGGGUCUCCAUCAACAGAGGCACGUAAAGCGGAGCCCCAGGGGAAAGGUAGACCUGACCCAGGAGUGAAAUCCCUGUGUCCUGUUUGUAAAAACACAGAACUCAAUAUGAAGUCCAAGGAUUCGCCCAAUCACAACACCUGCACACAGUGUAAAUUAGUGGUCUGCAAUAUGUGUGGGUUCAGUCCUCCGGAUGCAACUGCUAAGGAGUGGCUUUGCCUGAAUUGCCAGAUGCAGAGAGCUCUGGGAGGGGCAGAGAGUAGUGGAUCCAUCCAAAAAGCCCAGCCACAGCCCAAAAGCUCUGUACCUUUACAGAACCCUGGAAUGCACAAUGUUUCCCCCUUAAAGAAAGAUAAUCCAGAUACUAAGCAGGUGCCUCCAUCUACCAGCCAGCCAAACAAACCAACAGAGGGUCAAAAAGCUUCAAGCCAGCCCAGCCCCAGUACAAGAAAUACCAACACAGCUGGUCAUCCAUCACCACAGACAGCUCAACAAAAACCUCUCCCGCAACAGACAGUAAAAGUUAGUACUACUCCAGCCAAAAAUGAACCACCAUCACAUACUGAACCCCCUAAAGAAGAGUCUGGAUUCUUUGGUUUUGGUUUCGGUGGUGCUCGAUCCCGCUCACCAUCUCCGCAACCUGGUGUCUCCUCUGUUUCUGGAAAAGUUCUAGGGUUCGGUUCUUCGUUCCUAAGCUCAGCCUCCAAUUUGAUUUCGGCUGCCCAGGAUGAGCCCUCCACAACACCACCAACUUCUCGGAAGGGUUCUGCUGUUUCCCAAACCUCUGCCAAGACCACCACACCUCCUCCACCCAAAAAAGAGUCAGGGACCUCUGAGGGCUCCCCCGAUCUUCAUCGACCUCAAACACAGCAAGAUAAUCCACAACAGAAAUCCCAGGAUACAGGGCAAGCUAAAACAACCGCAGUCCAGAAAAAGGAUGGAUCUUCAUCUGCUCAGGCUACUAACCCUGAACAAAGCUCCAAAGUUCUUCCCAAAGCUUGUCCGCUCUGCAAGGCGACCCUGAAAAAAGAUCCACCCAACUAUAGUUCCUGCACUGAAUGCAAGGCCACUGUGUGUAAUCAAUGUGGAUUCAAUCCUGUGCCUCAUCAAACAGAGGCAAAAGAGUGGCUUUGCCUAAACUGCCAAACACAAAGAGCCCUGAAAGGAAUGGAAUCUUCAGGGCAGCCUAUUAAGAAGUCCCUAACACAGGCCCCCAAAUCUGAAAAGGUGCAAUCUGCAGUUGAUUCUGGAGCAAAACAGCAUAGUAGUCCUGCCAGCCAACCAGCUUCUCAGAAAAAAGAAACGCAUGAACAACAGACUACAUCAGUAGCAGCAAAACAACAUCCCACGCCAAAACCUCUUCAGCAGCAGUCAAAAAAGGGUAUACCCACUCCUCCACUGUCUGAGCCACCAUCAAAGGCCCAGGCUCAUCAAGAACAGGCAGGAUUUUUUGGCUUUGGUUUUGGUGGUGCUCGAUCACGAUCACCAUCCCCUUCCCCACAGCCUGCUGUUUCUGCUGUGUCUGGAAAAGUUUUAGGAUUUGGGUCCUCCUUCCUGAGUUCAGCAUCAAAUCUCAUUUCAUCCGCUGUUCAAGAUGAAUCUACAGCACAGUCAACUUCUCACCAGGGAUUGUCAGUCUCCCAAAACACCCUUAAGACCACAACCACUCCCCCAACACCUCGUAAAGCAUCCACAACAUCCAAAGGUGCUUCUACGACAGUGUCUGAAGCAAAAGCUGAUCAACCAACUGGUCAAAAAGAGAGCACAACAGAACUAACUGUUGACCAGAAGAACAAAGCACCAUUAUCUCAAGCUACAAAACCUGAACCUUCUCUCCAGAAAACAGACAAAGGGACAAUGCCUUUGCCCAAAUCUUGCCCACUUUGCAAAGUUGAGAUUAAGAAGGACCCUGUCAACUACAACAUAUGCACAGAAUGUAAGAACACUGUGUGCAACUUAUGUGGAUUCAACCCAACACCUCACCAAACAGAGUUGAAAGAGUGGCUUUGUCUGAACUGUCAGACUCAGAGAGCUCUCAGAGGAAUGGAACCACCAGGAUCUCCAAAGAUUGAGAUGUCAGCACAGCCAAACAAAAUCCCUGUUACUCAACCACUGGGUUCACCCUCAAUGCAGAAGAAAGAUGCUUCAGAAUUGAAAAAGACAGACAAGAAGAUUGACCCUUCUCAGAAAUUACAGGAGCAACAAACCAAGGCACCAAAUGGCUCCCUGCCAAAGCAUAAAGCUCAGCAAAAUACUGAAACCAAAUCUGAAGCUCCUGGCAAGCCACCUAAGGAAGAGUCUGGAUUCUUUGGUUUUGGUGGUGCUAGGUCAAGGUCUCCUUCUCCUCAGCCUGCUGUGUCUUCUGUUUCUGGAAAGGUUUUGGGCUUUGGAUCCUCCUUCCUCAGUUCAGCAUCUAGUUUAAUAUCAUCCACUGUGCAGGAAGAAACUUCCAAUGCCCCACCAACAUCUCGCAAGGGAUCUACAGUUUCCCAAACCUCAAUGCUAACACCACCCACUUCUCGAAAAGGAUCAGUAGCUUUGCAGGACUCUAAAACACCACCAACAUCUCGCAAAGACAGCUCACAGCAAAACACACCACCACCUACACCCCAAAGGGGCUCUGCUGUUCCUCAGACCACAAAUCCAGCAUUCAAGACUUUGUCUACAUCCAGAGACAAACACACUGGGGACAUAACACAACCUACUGCACAGAAAGAUGAGACAAAGAUGAGCGAGUCACCUCAGUUAGCAAGUAAAUCAUCUGUGCAAGCAAAAAUAGAUCAAUCAUUACUGUCUACAAAUGAUAAAACCCUGCCACUUCCCAAAACGUGUCCACUUUGCAAGGCAAUUAUUAUCUCUGAUCCUCCAAACUUUAGCACCUGCACUGAUUGCAAAAACACUGUGUGUAAUCUUUGUGGAUUUAACCCCAUGCCUCAUCAAAAAGAGGUAAAGGAAUGGCUUUGUUUGAAUUGUCAAAUAAAGAGGGCCCCAGUACCUUCAACCCCAAACCCCCAGGUGCAGGCUAAUAUGGUCUCACAACAAAACAAAAUAUCUCCAAUUCAACAAAAAGCAGGUAAAACUGAAAAUACAUCAACAACUGCCAUGGAAAACACCACUGCAACUUCAACAGCACAGAAGCCUCAAAUGGAAAAACACCCUCCACAGCAGGACACUUUAAAUCUUAAUAAACAAUUGCCAAAAGAUACCAGAACAUCAGACAAAACUGAAGACACAACAAAAUCAGAGCCUUCUAAAGAAGAAUCAAGCUUCUUCGGCUUUGGUUUCGGUGGUUCUAGAUCUCGAUCACCUUCUCCUCAACCUGCUGUCCCUGAGAAGGUUCUAGGCUUUGGUUCUUUUUUCUUCAGUUCAGCAUCUAGUCUCAUAUCCUCAGUAGUUCAGGACGAAUCCUCCAAAACACCACCAACACCUCGUAAAGGAUCAGCAGUUUCUCAGACAUCUGUAAAGUCUACAACACCACCCUCAUCUCGUAAAGGUUCAUCGGUUUCACAGACCUCUCUCAAAAACACUGCUGUACUAUCAACAGGCACGCUACAACCAUCUACAGCACUUCAGGACUCUCCAAGUGUGCUGCAGGCUCCAGAAAGUAAACCACUUUCUCAUAAACUAAUGGAGGGCAAGCAAUUUGUCCCAACUCAACCUAUUAAACCACCAACUGCAGAUACAAAGGUGGAUACUUCACCGUCACAGCCAAGAGCAACUGCUAAGUCACCCAAAUCUGUCCCUAAAGAAUGCCCACUUUGCAAGGUAGAGCUCAAGAAUGAUCCUCCUAACUUUAACACCUGUACUGAAUGCAAGGCUAUUGUAUGUAACCUCUGUGGGUUCAAUCCUACUCCUCAUAAGACUGAGGUAAAGGAAUGGCUUUGCUUGACCUGUCAGAUGCAACGAGCAUCCACAUCUUCUCAUGUAGAGCCUCAAGAACAAGCAAAGAAAGUAGCACCAGUGCCCAAAAAGGAGGCACCUCCAGAGUCUUUACAAAAGAAAGAAAAUCCAGAUGAUGCCACUAACACUGGUCAGAAAACUGCUUUAGGUAAAAAGGAACCCACCGACACUCGAACAAAACAUCCCAGUCAGCAGAUGAUGUCUGGUAGGUUUCAAGAAAAAGAACCAGCACCACCACCAAAAGCUGAUAAUCGUCAAGAGGAUUCUGGAUUUUUUGGUUUUGGCUUUGGUGGGGCUCGAUCCAGAUCUCCUUCACCUCAGCCUGCAGUUUCUGCUGUGUCUGGGAAAGUUUUAGGCUUUGGCUCUUCCUUCCUUAGCACGGCCUCUAAUCUAAUAUCAUCAGCUGUUCAGGAUGAACCUUCUACAACACCACCAACCUCCCGCAAAGGUUCAUCGAUUUCUGAAACCACAUCUCCGGCAAGCUCACGUAAAGGCUCUUCAGUGUCAGUCAAAAGCAACGCAACACCACCUAGUUCUCGAAAGGGUUCUGAACCUACUAAAGAUACUAAGCCAUCAAUUCCACAGAAAGAAGAUGAAAAGAAACUAGAGAACAAGCCAUUAAUUCAGCAGACUAAGGAGUUAUCAAAUAAUGUGAAAGAUGAUAAAUUAGUGACACCAAAGGUUUCGUCUGAACCUCUCCUCAAAUUAUGUCCACUUUGCAAAGAAGACCUUAAAAAAGAUCAAUACAACAGCUGCACUGAAUGCAAAAAUACUGUAUGUAACUUGUGUGGGUUCAACCCUACGCCACAUGAAAGUAAGGUAAAAUGGCUUUGUUUGGCCUGUCAGAUGCAGAAACCUCCAGAACCUACCCCUUUGCAUCCUCAACCACCAACUAAGGAUGUUGCACCGCCGGAAAUGAAUAAUCUGUACACUUCACAGAAAAAGCCAGCAUCUAUUCAAAAGAAAUCAGAAACAGAACAGGAAGACAACAAGCAAACUUUAACAAAAACUGAACAACCAACUGAAAAAGAAAUGAGACAACCUCAUCAGGUUGCAAUUUCAGAAUCUCAAAAAACAGAGCCCCAAAACAAAUCUGCUAUUUUCGGGUUUGGUUUUGGUGGAGCUAGAUCUCGAUCACCAUCUCCUGCUGGCUCUGCUGUUUCAGGGAAGGUUCUAGGAUUUGGCUCCUCCUUUAUAAACUCAGCAUCUAAUCUAAUUUCAUCAGCUGUUCAAGAUGAAUCCUCUACAACACCAUCUGGUUCUCGCAAGGCUUCGGUGGUGUCUCAAAUGUCCGAUAAAACACCACCAACUUCUCGAAAAGGUUCUGCAGUUUCACAGACAUCUGUCAAAACAUCUUAUCCUACCUCACACAAUGUUUCAGAGGCUGCACUGAACACUAAAGGCAUUCAAUAUACAAAUGAGACAAAACCUGAAUUUGAAUUUGCAGAGAAAAAAGAAGAAACGACUGCUGAAAGACAAGUCAAAGGAAGUACAACAGAUCAUAUUAAAAAUUUGGAUGCCAAAGAAGAACAAAGCAAGCAAGAUGGAGCUGCUCAUGUUUCAUCUGAAUCCCAUGAAGAGUCUGGCUUUUUUGGAUUUGGUACAUCUCAGUCUCCCUUACAUCUUCCUACUGCGUCCGGUGUUUCUGGCAAAGUUUUAGGAUUCGGGUCUUCGAUUUUUAGCUCAGCAAGUAAUCUCAUCUCAACAGCUCCGGGCGAAACUACUACAACACCACCUACUUCUCGCAAGGGUUCAGUAUCCUCUCAGUUAUCUUCUAAGUCUUCUCCACCACCUUCUCGUAAAGGCUCAUCAGUUUCUCAGACUUCAGACAAGAUCACUACCCCACCUUCCUCACGGAAAGGAUCUGUAAUUUCUCAGACAUCCAUCAAGACAAACACACCUCUUACUUCUCGAAAGGAAUCCAAAUCUGUUGAGGUCUCUCCUAAAACACACUUUUCAGAUGACAAAAUAGAACAUCCUGUAAAUAUACAAGAACAGAUGAAAACAGAGGGAAAAAAAUCUGAAGUCAGUCAGACUCAACCAACCACUCCAUUAGUUAUAAAAGAUACGCCACCUAGAGAAACAAAGACAGAGUCUACAAAAUCCCUUCCCGAAACCUGUCCACUCUGUAUGGUCGAUUUGAAGAAGGACCCUCCCAAUUAUGAUACUUGUACUGAGUGCAAAAAUACUGUGUGUAAUCUAUGUGGCUUUAACCCCAUGCCCAAUCAGGCAGAGAAAAAGCAGUGGCUGUGUUUGAACUGCCAGGUGCAAAGAGCUCAGGUUGAAGCUAACAAAGUACCUCUCCCAGCAACACAGCAGAAAAAGCCACUUGGCUCAACAGUCACAGAAAAGGAUCAGAAACUCUCUGCAGGUGUGACACCAGGGUCUAAAAAGCCAAGUGCAGUUCCACCAACACAGAAGUCCCCCCAGCAGCAGGAUAAUAUUGUAUCUGCAAAAUCUACACCACCGAAGACUGGGUCCACAAAAGAAGAGGCUGGCUUUUUUGGUUUUGGACGUUCUAGGUCACCAUCCCCCCAACCUGUUGUUUCCAAUGUUUCCGGAAAGGUCCUAGGCUUUGGUUCGUCUCUACUGAGUUCUGCAACCAAUCUUAUCUCCACUGCUGUGCUAGAUGAAUCCUCCACAACACAACUAGCCACUCAGGAGAUGUCAACAGCUUCUCAAACUUCUGUGAAGACUACAUUAGCACCAUCUACUUCUGAGAAAGGAUCUGCUGAUUUGCCACCUAUACAUGGUGCGAAUUCUGAGAAACAAAAAGAAAAGAAGCCAGAGAUGAUGAUAGUUCAGGGAAACGUUUUACCAAAAGAGGUUGAACAGAAAUCAGAGCCUCCAAAAACCUGUCCACUUUGUAAGGCGGACAUAUUUAAAAAUCCUCCAAAUUACAACACCUGCACCUCUUGCAAGAGCACUGUCUGCAAUCUUUGUGGAUUCAACCCAAUGCCACAUCAAACUGAGGCAAGUGAAUGGUUAUGUUUGAACUGCCAGAUGCAAAGAGCUCCAGAACCUCCCCACUUGCAGGCUGGGCCCCAGGCAACCAAAAUAUCUACACCUGCAUUACCACAAAAACAAGCCCCUCCAAUUCCUUCACAGGGUAAGCCAGGUGUUCUAACAGAGAACCAGAAUCUGGCUGCCUCUGGGAAACAAGAAGGCAAGUCCAAUCUGUCAGAUUCCAAGCAACCUUUAAUUGCUUCUAACAAAUUAGAGACCCAAAUGUAUAAAACAGAUGCCAAAUCUGAUCAGCCAUCUAAUCCUUCUAAAGAGGAUUCUAGUCGUUCAAGGUCACCAUCUCCCCAGCCAGCUGUGUCUGCUGUUUCUGAGAAGGUUCUAGGUUUUGGUUCCUCCUUCCUCAGCUCUGCUCAGAGUCUAAUAUCCUCAGCUGUCCAGGAUGAAACUUCGAAAACUCCACCAACAUCUCGCAAGGGAUCUACUUGCUCCCAGACAUUGAAUAAGAUCAUGCCAACACCACCAACCUCUCGAAAAGGAUCAGUAACUACUCAGGACUUGAAACAAGAAUCAAAGAUGGCCUCGACAACAAACACAGUUACAAACCUAAUCUCAGCUGAGAAAACUUCAGAUCCUCAAACAGUUAAACCAGCACAAGCACCAAUGAAUGAGGAACCUUUGAAAAAUUGCCCACUGUGUAAAGAGAACCUUAAGGAGAAUCCACAAAACUAUAGCUCUUGCACUUCUUGCAAAAGCACAUUUUGUAAUUUGUGUGGAUUUAAUCCCAAUCCACAUCAAACUGAGGUGAAGGAGUGGCUAUGUUUGACUUGCCAGAUUCAGAAAAUGCCAGAGCCUCCCCCAGGAAAUCCUCAAACACAGUCUGACAAAAUACCUCCACCAGCAUCUCCAUAUAAGAAAGAUUCUCAGUUUCCACCUUCUCCAGAGAAGAGUGCAAAUGUUCUUGCUGAGAAGGAUAAGAAACCUCCGGUGUCGACCAAAAAACCCACAGGUGAUGCUUCUCCUUCCAAAUCUGCUCCACCACCUAAAGGUGUACAAACCAAAGAAGAGUCAAGUUUCUUUGGCUUUGGUUUUGGUGGUGCUCGAUCUCGGUCUCCUUCUCCACAACCUGCUGUCUCUGAGAAAGUUUUAGGUUUUGGGUCCUCCUUCCUCAGCUCAGCAUCUAACCUGAUUUCCUCGGCUGUUCAAGAUGAGUCAUCCAUCAAAACUCCAGAAACAUCUAGAAAGGGAUCUACGGUUUCCCAGACUUCAGAGAAGAACGUGUUAACACCACCUACUUCUAGAAAAGUUUCAUUACCCCCCCAGGACGAUAAACAAAAAGCUCCUGCAGGAGAAUCAAAGCCACUUGCAAAACCACCUCAAGAACAAAACAGGCCAGUGGAUAAAACCAUAGAUCCUCAGUUGACCAAACCUCCACAUGCUUCAUAUGAGAAUCCAAAAGCCUGUCCACUCUGCAAAGAAGUCCUCAAGAAUGACCCAAAGAACUACAACUCCUGCACUUCCUGCAAAAUAAUUGUUUGCAAUCUAUGUGGAUUCAAUCCACUUAAAUCUGAGGAUGAUAUACGGGUAGAAGAGUGGCUAUGUUUGACCUGCCAAAUGCAGAAAGUGUCAGAGCUUCCACCUGCUCAGCAUCCUCCACAAUCUAACAAGCACCCUCCAGCAUCUCCACAAAAGAAAGAAAUUCCAAUUCCACCUUCUGAAAAGAAGCAGAGUGUUCAUACAGAGCAGGACAAGAAACCUCCAUCAGAGAGCAAAACACCCAUGCUUACUCAAACAACGCCAAAUGCUCAGUCUAAAAGUGAUGUGUCUCCUUCUAAAUCUGCUGCACCACCUAAGGGUGAACAGAUUAAGGAAGAGUCAGGUUUCUUUGGCUUUGGUUUUGGUGGGGCUCGAUCUCGGUCUCCUUCCCCUCAAUCUACUGUAUCUGGAAAAGUUUUAGGGUUUGGGUCCUCCUUCCUCAGCUCAGCAUCUAAUCUGAUCUCCUCAGGUGUUCAUGAUGAUUCAUCCAGCAAAACACCACCAAGUUCUCGUAAGGGACCUACUGUCUCCCAGAGUUCUGUUAAGACAACCCCAACACCACCUACUUCAAGAAAAGGUUCAGAAGCUUUACAAGCCUCACAAAAAAUUACACAUACAGAAGAGGCCAAGCGUACUGCUGCACAGAAACCAGAUGAAAAGAAAAUGCAGGAAAUCACAGAUGAAACAAAAUCACAAGAUGAAAUGCCCAAGGUACCAGUCGCUGAUGUGAAAAGCAUCAAAUCAGUCCCAGAGCCAUUGAAAGCCUGUCCUAUCUGCAAGGUGGACUUAAAGAGGGAACCACAAAAUUACAAUACUUGCUCUGAUUGCAAGAAUACUGUCUGCAAUAGUUGUGGAUUUAAUCCCAUGCCACAUCAAACAGAGGUCAAGGAAUGGCUAUGUUUAAACUGCCAGAUGAAGAGAGCUCCAGGAUCUACUUCUGCCAAACCAGAGCCAUUAGUUAACAAAGAACCUCCACCAACAAUUCAGCAAAACAAGGAGGCUCCCAUGCCUACUCCGCUUCCUGUUUCUCCCCAAGAGAAACUGAAUGUCAUAGAGAAAGACAAGACAAUAGCUGCUGGAGAUAAUCCAGGACAAAAAUCUUCUCAACAUACCACUACAGUUACAACAAAACCCUCUGAAAUGGCACAACGUGAUGCAUCUCCUACAAUAUCUGAUGUACCAACGAAACGUAAACCUUCCAAUGAAGAAUCAGGUUUGUUUAGUCUUGGUUUUGGUAGCGCUCGAUCUGGGUCACCUCAGCCUUCUGUGACUGCUGUUUCAGGGAAGGUUUUUGGCUUUGGAUCCUCCAUCUUGAACUCUGCAUCCAGUCUAAUCUCCUCGGCUGUUCAAGAUGAGUCCUCAACAACUCCUCCAAGGUCCCGUAGAGCUUCCACAAUUUCUGAAACUUCUGUCAAGACUACAACACCACCAGCUUCUCGUAGGGACUCUAUAGUUUCCCAAACUUCAGUUAAGACCACACCAACACCACCAGCCUCUCGCAAAGGAUCUUUUGCCCACCAGACCUCUCCAAAACUUCCACCUACUGAUGACUCAAAAAUAUCUGUAACAGACAAACCAAAGGAGGACAAACUAGCUGAAAAGAAAAUGCAACAGGCUACAUCAAUAUCAGAAGCUUUGACAGCUCCUAAAGCACCAACCAAAGCAUGUCCUCUUUGCAAAGUGGAUCUUAAUGUGGGUUCACAAGACAUUAGCAACUACAGUACCUGCACUGAGUGCAAGAACGUGGUCUGUAAUCUUUGUGGAUUCAACCCAACACCCCAUCAAAAAGAGGUUAACGAAUGGCUUUGCCUGAACUGUCAAACACAGCGGGCCUUAAAUGGAAUGGGACAACAAGGGCCUGCCAAAUUAAAGUCCAAUGAACAACCUGAAAAUGUGGCUGUGUCAGCACCACCUCUAAUACAAGUGGGACCAUCAUUAGUUCCAACCAAAGUAGCUCCUGAUGUUAUUGAAACCCAAAAGAAAGAUGUUAAACAAGUCCAGCCUGAGACAAAAAUACCUAAACAAAAUGAAGUUCAAGCUAAAAUCAUCACUGAUCAAAAAAGGACUCCUGUUUCAGAAGAUAUUCGGAAGGAACCAAGCUCAGCUUCUCCAAAACUGGUAGAGAGUAUCAUUAAGCCACAACCUGCAUCUUCUGAGAAAAAAGAAAUAUCAAAUCCAAAAGAACCAAAUAAAGAGAAAGAGCUUGAAAAGUCUUCCAGGAAAUCUAAUUCACCUCCACAAGCAGAACCUCCAAAACAGGAAUCAAGUUUCUUCGGAUUUGGGUUUGGUAGUCCUAAAGUGCAACCUGCUUCUAAGCCAUCUGAGUCCACCACUGGAAAACGUUUUGGCUUUGGUGGUCUUACCGAAACGGCUAGAUCGCGUUCACCCUCACCACAAACUGUUUCUGCUGUCUCUGGAAAGGUGUUAGGCUUUGGAUCCUCCAUAUUUAGCUCAGCAUCUAAUCUGAUCUCAUCAGCUGUUCAUGAUGAGGCGUCCACCACACCACCCACUUCUCGAAAGAGUUCUGCUGUUUCACAGACAACAGUAAAAACUACACCACCCACCUCUCUCAAGGAAUCUACAACAGUAGCAGAUUCUAAAGUUUUAUCAGUUGGUAAAAUCAAACCACAAGCAGCACAAAAGCAUGAUGAGGGAAAACCAGAAAUUAAGCCAGUUUCAGCACCCCAAUUACCUCAAAAGCCUGUUCAAAAGAGCUGUCCGCUAUGCAAAGUGGAACUUAACCUUGGUUCCAAAGAUGCCAAGAAUUUGAACAUGUGCACUGAAUGCAAGGUUACUGUGUGCAGCCAAUGUGGAUUUAAUCCAAUGCCUCAUCAAACAGAGGUUAAGGAGUGGCUCUGCCUGAAUUGCCAGGUAAAGCGAGCACAGACAGGAACAGACACAUCUGAAAAUGCACAGUCGGUUCCCUUAGUGAAGGACAACCAAACUCCAUCCAAAAUUGACAAAGUACCUACAGUUAAGCCUAAUCCUGAUGAGCAGUCCAACAUUGCAGCUGCGGAAAAGACAGUGCCUCCUACUAAAAAUAUAAAUGAAGAUGUAUUAGUUCCAGGCCCACAACAAGAGUCAGUUACAGAUGCUAAUGCAACUCAAUCAGUUAUGUCAAAUAAAGAACAGCCUAAGAAAAACAAUCCGCAACCAGAGCCUGCAGAAAUACCACCGCUUGCGACCAACGAUGCAACCUCUCCCGCAAAAUCUGCUCCAUGUUCACAAACAGAACCCCCAAAACAGGAAUCAAGUUUCUUCGGGUUUGGAUUAGGCGGUAAUAAACCAUCUGAAUCAACCAGUGGGAAGUUAUUCGGUUUUGGUGGCCUGACCGAAACAGCUAGAUCUCGAUCACCUUCCCCACAGUCUGUUUCUGCUGUCUCGGGGAAAGUCCUCGGUUUUGGAUCCUCAUUAUUUAGCUCAGCAUCUACUUUGAUCUCCUCAGCAGUUCAGGACGACUCUUCAAAAACUCCACCAACCUCUCGAAAAGGCUCCAGUGAGUCUUCACCAACACCAACUGCACGCAAAGGCUCUGUGACUUCUCAAAGUUCCUUCAAGGGUACACCUCCAACAUCUCGCAAGGGAUCUGUUGCAACACAAGACUCCAAUAAGACACCUCCUCCAAAAGAGGUCAAAGCGCCCAUUGAAAAGAAGCCAGAGGAGAAGAAACCAGAGAAGUUUGAUAAAGCCAAAGUAUCAAAAUUGACUGAAGUGAAGGAUAAACUUGAAACAAAGCAAGAUAAAAUAAUAAAACCUCUUGAAAGUAAACCUCAGUUAGCUGCAUCCACUUGCCCAUUGUGUAACAUAGAGCUUAACAUGGGCUCCAAGGAUCCACCAAAUUACAACUCCUGCACUGAAUGCAAGAAUUUAGUAUGUCAGCUUUGUGGAUUUAACCCUAUGCCUUACCUUGCAGAGGGUGAGUGGUUGUGUUUGAAUUGUCAAACACAGAGGGCUCUAGCUGGACAGCUGGGAGACUUGGCAUCCACAAUAACCAAGCCAACAGUCACCCCAAAAACAGAGUUGGUCAAGACCCCUGUGACUGCACCCACUCCACAACCAUCACCUGAUAAACAAGUAGAGCAGAUGCAAACUGCUCCUACAUCUGCAGCAGAAGUGAUGAUUUCUUCUGUCCACGCACCUUCUGUGGCUUCAAUCACAAAUGCUGCUUCUACAAUCAAUCAGCAGUCUGUUCUUGCUCCAGUCCCUAUUGCCGACAUCAAAGUGAAGGUGGAUACAGCUCUCAAGAGUAUGUUGAGUAUGCCGGCAACAGCUGUAGAGGAAAGAGAUGUGAUGGCACCAAUACAAACUGCAGAGUCUCAGAAAUCUGUUGUUAGUGGUGCUGAGGUCAUUUUAAAAGAAACAGGCAAAAACAUUGAAGGCCCUGGUGAGAAACAACCUGCACCAGGAUCAGUUUUGAUACAUCCACCAUUGCCAAUUGGGACUGAUAAAGAAAAGGUUAAAGAGAUUACAGAAACUACUCCAGUUCUUAUUGAUGAACAUAAGGACAGUGUUGUGAUACAAAUGGAUACAAGUCUUCCCAAAAUUUGUGAGCUAGCUGAAGUAGAGACCUUAAAAGUUGCAGAUAUUAAAGACCAAGAUGGACAAGACAUCUUAUCAGUUUCAGCAGAAUCGUAUAGCUCGGCUGAAGAGGAGCUCAAGGAAAUACAGAGAGUUGGUGAAAUAUCCAUUAAAGAAACAGGUACAAAACUGUUGGCUGUCAAAUCACCGGAUACCAUAAAACAAUACAAUGAAGACAGCAGUGGAAGUGAAUCUUCCCCUCAGAUACAGCGACGAAGAGUAAGGCCUGCUUCCUCCAGCAGUGAGGACUACAUUAAUUCUGGAGAUGAUGAAGAAUUCAUUCGAAGACAACUUAUGCACAUGGGGGCAGAUGAGAGCUUCGUACUAUCUGAUGAGGAAAACCAAAUCAUAGAAGAUGUAAGUGAGAAGGUACAAACUCAGCAAGAAACCAGAGAGGUUAAACAUGGAGAUGAAAAGAAGCCAAAACGUGUAUUAAAGAAGCUCUCUGUAGAGCCUGAGGAGUGGUCUGAUAAUAGUCUUUAUUCAUAUGUCCAAGAGAAUCAGUUUGCUCAGCUCAUCCCUGUCUCAGAAGCAUUAGAAGAAACCAGAGUGGAAAUAGAUGUUUCAGAUGACAAUGAUAAGAUAACAUCUACUGACUUUGAUGCCACAGCAGUUGCCAGUGUGCAAAAAUCUCCCAUUAGACAGAUUACAGAUGAGAGUUUAAUCGAAGACUCGUCUAAAGGCAAUGGGUCUUCUAGUGUGCAGGUGUCCAGCAUCACACCAGGAACAGCUUCUCCUACUUCCGUGUCCUCUAUUGAUGAAGACAGUGAUAGUAGCCCAAGUCAAAAAAAGGCUAGGGCAGAGAGUAAGCAACAAAAAAGGCCAAAACACAGACCACAGGGCCAGGGCCUUCCAAUCGUAGAGGACUCAUCUGAGGAUGAUAAGGUACGUGAGAAAAAAUAUCAGCUAAUGGCGGAGGCUGGAGAUGUUGAUCAGCAACAGUUAAGAAAGGUCACGAAAAAAUCCAAGACUGAAAGGGUUGAUGGAGCUGUACGAAGAAGGAGUGAUCAUUUGACCAAAACUAAUAAGUUACAGCAUGUUUCAGGAAUGAGGGAACUGAAGUCUUCAUCGUUCUCUGACCUUUCACCAAGUUUUGAAUCUGAACCAGAGAGUGACGAAUGGGAAUACAGAACAUUAUCAUCGGAAACACACGAGAGGCAUGAUGUUGGAAAAAAGCCAUUAAAAAGUGCAGAGGAGGCAUAUGAGGAAAUGAUGCAGAAAGCACAGGAAUAUAAAACAUUAGAAAAAUUUACACCACCUGAUAUUGAACCACUAUAUGGGGGUAUGUUGAUAGAGGACUAUGCUUAUGAUACUUUAGUUGAGGAACAUGAACAGACUGUACCAGCUAUUUGUACAGUCACUCAGGAUCAAGACUUAAGAAAAGUAUCUGAGUCUGUAAGAAUUCUAAUGGCACCAGAAGAGGCUUAUGAGGAGAUGAUGCAUAAAAGGAAAGACAUCUUUCAAAAACAACAGGAAGCUAAGCAAGUGGAAGAAACAAAACUUUCCACAUUUUUGCCACUUGAUGUCAGUGAUACUUGUUAUGUAACUAUUGCUGGAAUUGAUGCACUUACCACAGAUUCAACUGAAAAGCCAUUGUUGCAGGCUGAGGAUGCCUAUGAUGAUCUGUUGAACAAACAAAAAGAUGUUUUAACACCAGGAACAAGUCCAACCCAAUCUUCACCCAUAUCUCCAGCCUCUCCUCUAUCUCUAUCAGAGUCAUCAUAUGAAUCUCCUGAGGUGAUAUUAAUCCCCUCAAGUGGGGAAGAAGAUGUUGCAGAUGAACCUAUUGAAUGCAUUUUGGAACCUUACAUUACAGAAUCAACUAAAGAUGAAUCUGAAAAAAAAGCUUUAUAUCCCAUUCCUGACCUAAAAAUCACUCAGUGCUCCUCUGGUGAAGAAGAAGUCGAUGAGGAAGACAGUUUCAAACAAGAAGUAAUAUCUGAGCCCACUGAUGUUCCUCAGAAUGAGGACAAGCCAAAAGAAACUGGUGAAAUUGCAGAACCAGAAGCUUCAGAAGAAUCAUUUCAGGGUGAUCCCAUUUCUAUAAUUUGUGAAAUUCCUUUAUCAAAACACGAGGCAGCUAAAAAUCUUCCAGUUUGUGAUUCAAGAAUAUCUCCACUAUCUCCACCAACAUCUCCAGGCAUUUCAUCACCAGAUUCAUAUAUAGAGUCAACAAUGGCACCACCAUCCUCUCCAAGUUCUGGCCAGACACCUGAACCAACUACUCCAGCAAGCCCCAGUAUUGUUGAAAUCUCUUCUCCAGUUGUAAUUCAUAUGCCAGACGUUUCUGAGCCAGACACAUCGCCUGGAACUGUUCCCCUUGUUUCCUCCACACAAAUGGUUGUAGCCCCAUUGCCAGUCACUACAACUCCACCCCGUGUCUCAGCAAUUGCUGCAACUCCUGAGGUUCCUGUUUCUAAUAGAAUACUAGGUCCAAAACCAAUCCCUGCUCCCAAACCUAAAAAAACUAUCCAGGAAACAAUCCAAAAAUAUACUUUUGAUUUAACUUCUCAAGAAUUAGAUGAAAAAGCCUGUACCACUCACAUGUUUGAACCAACUCCAGAUUCAAAAUCAGCCACUAUAGAGAAACAAAAAGUUGCACCAGUGACUGAUUCACAGAUAGAACAAAACAAAACUCUAAUUUCAAGCCAUAGUACUGUUCCAGUAUCUGUAGCAGCUCCAUCUUAUCCUGCAACUACUACUGCUACACAUUGUAUACAAACUACUGUUGUUGUUCAAAUGCCAACCCUGGUUACAUCUUCAUCUCAGUCUCCACAUCAUGUGGCUUGUCAAGUACGUCCUCUAGCCUAUGCCCCAGUUUCAGCUUCAGUCUCGGUAGUAGAUCAAGUGGCAAUUUCUGUCCAAUCAAUAGCAUCAGCAUCAGUACCAGAAAUGGUUGUUUCUAUGGCCCAAACCAGCUGUGUUCAAAAACCUGAUCAUUAUUCAAAGGAAAGCAAAUCAGAAUCAGCACCCCCACCAGGAAAAACCCCACCUAUUUCAGCCCUGGCAGGUCAUAUAGAGCCUUUUGUUGCAAAAACAGUCUCUGUUGUUUCUCCUACUAGUACAACAACUUAUGCUUUUGGAGCCUCACUCUCAGAACCAGUUCAACCAAUUUUAGAUCUUCAGCCAGUGGUUGUGGAAAUACAGCAAAAGCAUGUGCCAGAUGAUAGAUCAGCUACAGUGUUUCAAUUACAACCAGUUUCACAAACCAUUUCUCCUGCUGUGCAGACACAGCAAGGUAAAGUUGUAGAUGUAUUGCCAAAUUUUGAAAAUGUGUCUAUGAUUAACCAGACGGCUCAAAAUAUCAUUGUUAACUCAGAAGUUAAAACAACUACUGGUGAUGGUAGAGGGCACCCUGUUAUUGUUAGUGUUUCUCCUUUAACAUGUACAGCCAUUGCUCCACCUUCAUCUGGUGCUAUAAUGGCAACUGCUUUUGUCACUGAUUCAACAGAUCCACUUACUGUGAAGAAACCUACUGUAAUUGCUGUCUCUCAAGAAAGAACUGAUAAACCAGUCAUUGAAUUCCCACCUCCACCCACAGUUUCCCCACCAGAAUUGCCCUGUAGCACUGUACCCAAAUUGGAUUUGAACCAGCUAAUGACUGUUUGCACUUCUUCAUCAGUUACAGCAACUCUGCCUGAACCCUCACCAACUGUGACCCCAACACACAAAUCCCCACCUCCUGUUCCACCCAAACCAGUCUGUAUUCCACCAGGAUUGGUAUUUAAUCACAGAGCAAGAGAGAGUGUAAAACCACCAACUAGCCCUGAUCCAGUAGUUGUUCAUGCAGUUCGUGCUGCAACUUUACCAAGAACAAAAGAACCCCCAAAUGCAUUGUCAUUAAGUUUGACUGCCCCUGUUAAUUGUCAGCAUAGUGCUUCAUCACCAAAAUCACCUAUGUCCCCUAGAUUUGCCAGAACUUUGGAAACAUAUGUGGUGAUAACAUUACCCUCAGAACCAGGGUCACCUGUGGAGAGCAUUACAACCCAAGCCCCGACGCGAAGAUCGUCAUUACCAACUCCAAGGCAGCAGGUUCCUUGUGAUGCUCCACAAAUGUUUGCUCCAUUUGCUGUAGUGGAUGCACCUGUGACAGCACUUUCUGAGCAAAUCAUUGCAGCCCCACCAGAAGUAACCUUAGUUCCCCCUACAGCAGCUAAACAAAUUACACAAAAUAUAUUAGCACCUUGUAUAACUGUUCCAGUGGCACCAGUUUCUGCUCUACAAACAGUGUUUUCAGAACCAUUUGAAGUGGUAUCAAGAAGUGUAGCACAAACAAUGACUGUUCCAUGUGCCACAGUAGAGAAAAAAAUGCAGUCUGCACUGUUUACAACAACAUAUGAUUCCUCAAUUGCUCAACCUGUAAUGAUUUCAGCACCAGUUGUAACUGCCCCACCUCCAAUGUUUACUUCACCAGUUACAAUUGCUCCUCCUGAAAUGUUGUUAGCACCAGCUGACAUUGCUCCCCCUGCAAUGGUUUCAACACCAAUUGAAAUUGCUACACCUCCAAUGGUUUCAGCAGCAACUGUUGCAGCAGCACCACAUGUUUCCAUGGAACCGACAACAUUUUCAGCACCAGAAUACACUGCGCCUACUAUGGUUUCUCGAUUUCCAGUUGCUUCAGCAUCAGUGGUGCUUACAACAAAACCAUCUAAGGAGGCAAUAGUAGCCCCACUGUCUGAACCAUUUGCACAGUAUGCAGUGAGUGAAGUACGUCAGGAGCCCGAAACACAACAAAUGCAGACAACAUAUUCUGCACCAAUAACAAUAACCCAGAUUCCAAUUUCAACUCAAAAUAAAGGCAUUCAAGGUUUGGAUGUGGAGGAAGUAUUAAUUGUCUCAGCUGCAGAGGAUGAAUUAAAUAGGCUGGGUUCAUCUGCGGUUUCAAAAACACCAUUCCAAGAACAGCAUAAAUUAUAUGAGCAAAAACAAGAACCCCAAGCAUUGUCUAGUGCAGCUGCUGUGACAUCAAUACCAGCCACAUUUACCCAAUUUACAAAAUCAAUUGAGAGUCAAGAAAUACAUGGACAAGAUAAAGUUGUAUCAAGCAUGAGCCAAGUCUAUACUGCAGUCUCAAAAACUGAGCAGCAUCCUGAGAAAUUACCUAAACUUGUAACUCAAGUGGUCACUACUGAAGUGCAAAGAACUACAACUGUGUCCGUUGUUCAGGAGAGGAUACCGGUUAAGCCAAUACCUGAACCUAUGAGUGCUCCAGUCCUAAUUCAACCAGAAGUCCACCCAAAACCCAAACAAAAUGAAAGAGUACACUACCCUAGUGAUGUUAUAGAUCUUACAAAAUUUAAAGUCAAUGUUACAAUGACUGAUCAAGGAAUGGAUCUCACAGCGCCAGAUUCAAGUAAGUCAUCCUUGUCAAGUGAAUCAAGUGACAAGCGACAGGCUACUGUUGUACAGCCAGAAAUUGUGAAUCUUAGUGCUGAAAUUAUUCCUACUACAACACUCUCUGUUGUAACUGAUAGCAUAACAAUUGUCACUUGCACAGCUACAAUUACCUACACUAACAAUAGCAUAGUAGAGAAGCCUUUGGACCUUGGAAAUGCUACUUCAGUACCUCUUCCACUUACCACAUACAGCCCAUUUGUGCCACUUGCACAGAUAGUGUAUAGACCUGUAAAUUGUCAACCUAAACCCAUAACCUGUGCAGAGAUCCCUGUUAACCUGUCAUACAGAACUGCAGGCACACCCACUCCUCUAAUGCCUGUUACAGUAGCCCCCAGUUUCACAAAUGGCGCUGUUGGUAUACCAAUGCAUUUAGAGCCAACUGCAACUGGACCUGUAGACCUUACCACUUCUAAGCCACUGAGAACCAUGGUUGCAUUGUCAUCCUCUUCUGGGGUGGUCACAACUGUUGUGGAGGAUAAUGGUACACCAGUGGAUCUUACAUCAGGAAGACAAACUGUUUGCUGUGAUGUCAUUUACAAGCUUCCUUUCACAGGGAGCUGCAGAACACAGCCACCAGUGAUCACACAUCCAGACAACCAAUCUGAUUUCAGAGAAGAUCAGUAUCAUAAUGCCACAACACCUGUCAUUGAAGAUCUCAGUACCAUGAAAGUGUCAAUAUCAGACAGUAACUUCAAAGAGACUGAACUCAUUGAUUAUAAAAGAAAGAAUGGAUUCACCUAUAAGAAUGGGGCAUCUGAAGGGGCUGUUGAUUUGACAUCGUCCAAACUAUCAACAGAUGAAGCUUUAGACUAUUCAAAGAAAGGCACUUUGGCAUUUACUGGGAUCACCGCUGCUACACAUUCUGAUGGAACCUCAUUUGGCAUGAAUAGUUUGCUAAGAUCUUCAAAUGGCAUUGUUUAUUCAUCGGUUGGUGCCCCUGUGCCAUCCACAUAUGCAGUUACUACCCAGCCAGGUUCAAUAUUUAGCACAACGUACAAUAGUCAAAAUCAGCAUACUCCAUAUGACUUUAUUCAUACCACAGGCACAGACCAAUCAAUAUUUCCACAAUUUGAUUUAUCAAAGGAUAGUCUACCUUCUGCAUUGGCCAGUCUCCUUCCUUCACUGACAGUCUUUCCUGAGCUCUACUCUGAUGCUACCCUUGAGGCAAUAGCAGCCUCUCUAGACACAUUGGUAUCUCCAAAUUUUCCUGAUUUGGAUGACAGCAAGAGCCAGCAGUACAAGGCUGAACAUGAGUUUUUACAAUUGGAAAAGUUAAAGCAGCUGUGUCUCGCUGAAGAGCUUGAAUGGGAAAGACAAGAAAUACAGCGCUACCGUGAGCAAGAACAAUUCAUUGUUCAGAAAGAGCUGGAAGAGCUUCAGAACAUGAAGCAACACCUUCUAAUGCAUCAAGAAGAGGAACGAAAAGCCCAUAUAAUUCUUCAACAAGAAACUUUUGCACAGCAGCAAGUUCAGUUGGAGCAAAUUCAUAGAUUGCAGCAACAACUCCAGCAACAACUAGAAGAGCAAAAGGUAUAUCCAUAUGGGUUUGGACAAAGUGAAGUGAAAUCCCCACCUACCAGCUCAGACAUUAUACUUGAGUCUAAAUAUGCUGGUGAAGAUAAUGGACAGUACUUGCCAGUAAGGGAUGAAAACUCCAUGCCAUCUGCAGUGACAGUUAAUGACACUACACUUGGUCAUAACUGGCCAACAACCACCUCUGGUGCUUUUACUCAGUAUGAUUCAAACAUUCCAAUGUCAGUGAGUGCUCAGACAAAAGAGCAAAUGCAGAUGUCUACAAACCUGCCUGAUACAGCAAAGCAACAUCAAAAUGUAGAUUUUAGUGGGAAGAAAUUCAUUGAAAGUGGUGUUCAAACAGAUGAUGAAGAUGAUGUUGAGAGGAUUCCUCCUGGUAGAAGAAGAAGAUGUAAGAGAAGUACAGACAGCUGUGCGCAAACUGAUGAUGAGGAUCAGGAUGAAUGGGACGUCCCUGUUCGGAGCAGACGCAGGUCUCGUUCUAGUAGAUAUACUGAUGGAGAGAAGGGUAAAAGCUCUAAGGUGUCAAGUAUUGCAAUUCAGACUGUAGCAGAGAUUUCAGUUCAAACAGAACAUUCAGGGACUAUUAGGAGAUCUCCGGUCCGGGCUCAGGUGGACACUAAAGUCAAUUUUCACAGGGAUGGCCAAACAGAAAGUGACUCAGAUAUUACAUCUGACAAAGACAAAAAACGUUCAGUUUUCACCGAGACAAGUGUUAGCACACACCUUAUUGCUGAUAAUGUUGGAGUUACCAAAUCUCCAAAGGUAUUAUGCUCUCCACAUUCUCCAGUGUCACCUGGCAAAAGUGCACAGAAAAUGCUUACUGCUGAAUCGUCAAAACAUCUGAGUAGCCCAAGAUCACUACAGACUUCACAGCGAUCUCUGUGUGACCCUAAGUCACAUAGUCCAACAACAGAGAACAGAAUGAUGUACCAGUACUCAGACACCUACACAACCAAGAGUUCUCAGAGCGCUACUCCAGUUGGCUCUCAGAAAAAAGUUAAACGCACACUACCUCAUCCACCACCAGAAGAAGACACCAUUAUCGGCCUCUCUGGCUACACCUCUGGUUCUGCCAGAAGGCGAAUGUGUAGAAACACCACUAUGGCACGGGCCAAAAUCCUGCAAGACAUAGACAAAGAGCUGGAUUUGGUGGAACGUGAGUCCUCAAAACUCCGUAAGAUACAGGCAGAACUUGAUGAGGAGGAGAAAGAGAUAGAUGCUAAAUUGAGAUAUCUGGAGAUGGGUAUAAAUCGAAGAAAAGAGGCUUUACUGAAAGAGAGAGAGAAGAGAGAGAGAGCCUACUUACAAGGUGUGGCAGAGGAACGAGACUACAUGUCAGAUAGUGAGGUCAGCAACAUCAGAGAGGCACGAGGUAAUGGUCAUGGAGUAGAGCGGCCACGGACUGCACCACAGUCUGAGUUAGAUCAGUUCAUCCCACCACAGAGUGAGGCUGAGUCUCAGUAUGCUUCACUUACAAGCCCAUAUUCCCAUUAUCAGUAUGAUUCCCAAAGCCAAACACCAGGUCAGUAUCCACAAAAGAAUUUAUACCAGCAGUCUCUUUAUCAUCAGCAGGUGUCCCCUUACCAAUCUAUCUACUCAUCUGUGCCCUCACUAAACCAGCAGUCCCAGCAGACUGGCUAUGACCAUUCCUCACUCCUACUGAUGCAACAGAAACCUCGUCAGACUACUUUGUCUGAUUUAGAGCCAAAGAUUACAACUAACUAUGAGGUUGUACGCAACCAGCCCAUCCUAAUUGUCCCUACGUCCACAGAGAGUGCCUACGGAGUUUCCCAUCUUGGCGGUAAAUACAGUAACCUUGACCUAAGGAUGGGCCUUGAGGAGAGAGCCAGCAUGGCCAGCAGCCCCAUGUCUAGCAUAUCAGCUGAGUCCUUCUAUGCAGACCUGGAUCACCACAAUGCCAGAAACUAUGUCCUGAUUGAUGACAUCGGAGAACUUACCAAAGGGUCCUCAAGCCUUGGUUCAAGCUUCGGCAUUGCUGAUAAGGAUAUUGGCAAAGCUGAACGACUGCUCCGGACUGCUGAUGUUCGCCGAGCGGCAGAUGUGGCAGAUUUUCUUGGCCCUCUUCAGGCUGCAUCCCGACUGCAUUCAUAUGGUAAAGCAGAAGAAGAUUCAAUGGAGGAGCCAUAUGAAUUAAAAAUGUUAAAACAGCAAAUUAAGCACGAGUUUAGGCGAGGUACAGAAAGUCUUGAGCAGCUCGCAGGACUGCCUCACUACCUCCACUCUGACACUAGCCUUAGGCAUUUCCCAAAAGCUGAAAAAUAUAGCAUAGGGAGAUUAACUUUAGAGAAACAAGCUGCCAAGCAACUCCCUGCAUCAGUUCUUUACCAGAAACAGCUGAAGAACAAGAAAGCAUUGAUUGACCCUAAAAUAAUAAAGUUUUCACCCAUUCAAGAGAGCAGGGACCUUGAGUUAGACUACAGCAACUUUUUGGCCUCUGCAAGCUCAUCAGUAGGUGGACUGUCUGCCAGAGCAAGGCUCUUGCAGGACGAGAUCACAUUUGGUCUUCGAAAGAACCUUGUUGAACAACAGAAAUAUCUUGGUUCAGCACUUGGUGCUAACCUUGCUCAAUCACUCAACUUUGGACAGUCUGUUCACCUAGGACCAACCAUAAGGUCAUCCCUUCAUGAGGAUGGUACAUACCCCAGUGGCAAUCGGUCAAGGCCCUCCUCUAGACCUUCUUCUGUAUAUGGACUGGACCUGUCUAUCAAAACAGACCUCUCAAAUUCCUCACUACGACUGAAAACAGAAGGGGAGGGUAUGGACUCCCAGUAUGUUUCAGCAAGGGCUAAACCAACAAGUCUGCCGAUUAGUCAGAGCAGGGGUCGAAUUCCCAUUGUUGCACAAAAUUCUGAAGAGGAGAGUCCACUGAGCCCUGUUGGUCAGCCCAUGGGAAUGGCCAGGGCAUCUGCAGGCCCACUUCCACCUAUCUCAGCAGACUCACGGGACCAGUACGGCUCCAGUCAUUCUCUUCCAGAAGUCCAACAGCACAUGAGAGAGGAAUCCAGGACAAGUGGAUAUGAACGAGACAUUGUUUUUUUAAAGGAUGACCUUCAAGGGGCCAUGUCUGAUAGUGAAGCUGGAGGUCCUAGCUGGAAUGUGAAAGCAUACCACCUUCAGCAUGAAGAGACGGACUGGUUUGACAAACCUCGCCGUGGUGGACCAGAGGCAUUCCAGGCCCUGGACAGAAGACAGGUAAAAGGCAGUCAUUUCCCUUUCCCACACACUCGCAUCAAACUACAGCGGGACCCCAAAGACCACACUGUCUCAGGGAGUGGUCUGGGAAUAAGAGUUGUUGGUGGGAAAGAGAUUCCAGGGACCAAUAGAGAGAUCGGAGCAUAUAUUGCCAGGGUUUCAGCAGGAGGAUCUGCAGAGCAGUCGGGAAAACUUGUUGAAGGAAUGCAAGUUCUGGAGUGGAAUGGGAUCUCUCUGUUGGGAAAAACAUAUGAAGAGGUGCAAAGCAUUGUGGGGCAACAAUGUGGAGAGGCAGAAAUAUGUGUGCGCCUGGACCUAAACAUGCUGUCUGACAUCGAGCAUCCUCAACAACUAGACCUCCAUACACAGCUGAGAGCUGGUGAACGUCAACGUUCUCCAGGUGUUGACCCAAAGCAGCUGGCCGCAGAGCUGCAGAAGGUUUCCCAACAGCAGGCUCCGACCUCGGUGCUGUCUGCACUGGAGAGAGCCGGACACCUGCAUUCAGCCACAGGAUCUGGGGCCUCCAGUGGUGUUCCCAGCCCGGGACAACCGGGCUCCCCAUCCGUUAGCAAAAAGCGCCACAGCAGCAAGUCGACAGAGGCCCUGAAGUCACAACCACAUCCAAUCACUGGUGAAAUACAACUUCAAAUCAACUAUGACAAGAACAUGGGUAACUUGAUUGUUCAUGUGCUACAAGCAAGAAGUCUUGCACCUAGAGAAAACAACGGAUACACAGAUCCUUUUGUUAAAGUCUAUCUUCUACCAGGGAGAGGCCAAGUCAUGGUUGUCCAGAACGCAAGUGCUGAAAACAAAAGGAGGACUAAAUAUAUCCAGAAGACUCAGAACCCGGAGUGGAACCAGACUGUCAUUUAUAAAAACAUCCAUCUGGAGCAGCUGAAGAAGAAAACUCUGGAGGUAACUGUGUGGGACUAUGACCGAUAUUCCUCAAAUGAUUUUCUGGGAGAAGUGCUCAUUGAUCUCUCCAACACAUCUCAACUGGAUAACACGCCUCGCUGGCACCCCCUAAAGGAGCAAAGUGAGAGUAUCCAGCAUGGACGAGCUCCCCUUCCACAAGGACCAGGAGGAUCUGGAGGCCUGGGAGGGCAGGGCGGCCCUGGAGGUCACGCGGGCCCUGGAGGACCAGGAGGUUCUGGAGGUCAGGGAGGGCAACCGGGGAACCAGGAAUCACCCAAAACCUCCGUCAUCAAGAGCCGAAGUCACGGCAUCUUCCCUGACCCCGCUAAAGACACACAGGUCUCUACCAUAGAAAAGUCUCACAGUAGUCCCGGCAGCUCUAAAUCCUCCUCUGAGGGUCACUUACGCUCCCACGGCCCUUCACGCAGUCAAAGUAAAGGCAGCAUAACCCAGGCUCAUCUGGAAGAGGCCGGGAACGCCAUCGCUGCGGCCGAAGCCGCCGUUCAUCAGGCUCGAUUCCAGCCAAACAAAACAAAUCACAGAAUGGCUGAUGGUGUUGAAUACACUCUGGAGAGUGAGGACGGUACAGGUCCUAAUGCAUUGGACAGUGCCAUCUUUCAGGUUCCUCAGCUGAAAAACAUCCCUAAUGGAACAGAUAAAUGCAGAGGACUUGAAUCAUCUGUGAACCGGUCUGACUCGGAGGGUAAGAUGAUGGGUGAGAUCAAGGUGGCUUUGAAGAAGGAGAUGAAGACUGAAGGAGAACAGCUGGUUCUUGAGGUUCUGCAGUGCAGGAAUAUUACCUACAAGUUCAAAUCUCCAGACCAUCUACCUGACCUUUAUGUAAAACUCUACGUGGUGAAUGUGGCAACUCAGAAGAAAAUCAUAAAGAAGAAGACGAGAGUGUGUCGUCAUGACAGAGAGCCAUCCUUCAAUGAGACCUUUCGCUUUAACCUCAAUCCAGUUGGCCACUCUAUUCAGCUGUUCCUGGUAUCAAAUGGAGGAAAGUUCGUGAAGAAGACCCUGAUUGGUGAAGCCUACAUCUGGCUGGACAAAGUAGACAUGCGUAAACGUGCCGUCAGCUGGCACAAACUGGUCGCCACCACCAAUCAAACUCAACCAUAAUCAACCAAUCAGAACUCAUCACCCAUCAAAGUGAAACAAAGGUGGGUUUGUGAAUUUGGAAAGACUGACAGGUGCGUCUAGUCUGAACUGAAUCAUGUAUCCGGGUCCUCCCAAAAGUGUAUUUAAGAUGAUUCACCAAACCAGUCCAAAAGGAUGAUAAAUGCAUAACGCUGUUAUGAUCUAUUUGAUCAUUUCUGCAACAUCAUUCCCGUUGGUCCAUCGCAUACUGAAUCUACAAUAUCUAGACGUACGUCAUUUAUUACUUGAGAAUUUAAUUGCUGUUUCUAUCCCAUUUCCAAUGUUACGUACCUAUAUGUGUAUUUGUCAGAAAAACAGCAUUAUUUAAAAGAUACACAAAUGACACAAUCAUUUGAUACAUAAUGUACCAUAUGCACUGAAUUGAGAAAGUAAGACAAUCUUAAAUGCAAUGGGUCCCGCUGUCUUUGUUGAAUGCACCAGUUUGUUUUUGUCCUUAAUGCUGAAUGUUGAAACGUCUGGUUCUUUCGACUGGAUUUGGAGAGGACGUAACUGAUGAAUAUCAUUCGAUAACAAUAUUACGGACAAUAGCAUGGACAAUAAAAGAGGCCGUAUUUUGUGUUUAGCAUCUCGAGCCCUCGAAAUUGUCUACUGUGUGAUGUAUGUCCACAAUGUGUUUGUUUCCAGCAGCAUUUUGAAGUAACUGUCAUGUCAUGUCGGUGGUCAAAUGUCGUCAUUAAUAGUCUCUGUUAUGUGUGACGUUCUGUGUGGAAUACAAAUAUGCAAUGAGAAAAAAUAAUAACUAAUGUACAUUUGAGAAAUUUGAGAGUCCUAUUGGGCGAGGCCUCUGGCUCAACUGACACGAUAGGUCGAAAUCCGGAUGUAACGUUCGUGUUUAUUUUGGUGCAAGUGUCUGUCCUCUGUCAUGUGUUACUCUGUUUCAUAGUGGUGCACAAAAAAUGUUUCAUCCGCUGUAAUGUUUGAUCCGAUCAGUCAUAAAGGAUAACUCGGUUAACUCAUUAUCUCUACAUAAACACUGCCUCUUUAACCCUUCACCAUAUCAGUGUAGAGUUACACAAUGUGCCAUUGAAAAAUAAAGGCACACAUUUGUUGUCUGUCUUAUCAAUAUCAGUGGACAUCUUACUUAUAACGUUUUGCAAAUCGAAUACACACAAGGUUUUCUUGUUUAAUCUUUACCUUGCACAGUCGUGCAUGGAGGUAUCUUAAUAAAAGGUAAGAUAAACUAUUGUGUGCCAACCUGAUGUUUUAACCAAAUCCACUGGUUCAGUUUGGGUAAUCUAUGCAACAUGGAUUAUGUUCUUUGAAUGCAUAUACCUUAACAUAUAACAUAGAGAGUAUGAAUACAUGUAUAUGUUGAAAAAAAUGAAAUUAAGUAUAUUGUAUAGUGUUUAUUUUUAUUUAUUUUUUACUCCUCUUUUAUGGUACAGUAAAUAUGCACUUUAGGUUGUUGUUUUCAUACUGUAGAUUUCCAAAUACCAUCAUCAAUUGUGUAUUAUCUUUUAGUGUCACUGCUGCAUAAAAUACUAAAAUGUUGGCAAAGUUCUGCAAAACAAUAAUAUAUAAUAAAAUAACUAUGAUGAUGGCCAAUUAUAAGUGUUUUCACCCAGAGCAUUAUAUUAUAUUAUAUUAUGAGAGAGUUUUUGUUGUUCCCUUUAUAAAAGCACAUCUAUUUGACAGCUAUCGAAACUUCUAUUGCAGUUUAUUAUGACCCCAUUGUUUUUAGUUUGGGGAUGAGAUUAGGUGUGUGAAUGUGAUUUGGUUAUUUUUGUUGAUUUUGUAAAUGUAUAUAUUUUCUACAAGAUGUCUGAAUAUUAAUUUGGUCUGAGCAUGUGAUUGUAAUCACGAGAUCAAACUCUGUCUGUACAUAUGUUGUAUUUGUUUAUAUGUGGAAGAAAGUAAUAACUCGAUUGGUGCAAACAAGUGUUCAAUCAACCCAUUUCAAUAUGUUUGUCAAAAUCAGCAACAUCUCUCAGAAUGCCAAGGUUUAAAAAAAAAUGCGAAAAAGACAAAAGAAAAAUUCCUUUCAAAUUGAAUGGUUGUCAAACAGUUUCUAUGUUUUUACAUAGAUGUUGCAUGUUUCGCUAGAUGUCUGUUGAUAUAUUUUGACUCCGGAUUGGGUUAAAAAAGAGAGAAAUUUUGAACACGUCAUCUGAAAUUGUAUGCGGACUGUAAAAAUGCUUGUAAUAUGAGUCUUGUUUUUCACUUCGUGUAAAAAAGAAAAAAAAUAAUGUUAUGGUUUUGUGGUUGUCCACAGGAUGUCAUGAAAUUAUGCAAAUUGUGCAGUAGAGGAAAAUAAUAUAUGAAGACUAAGAAAUAAAUAAAAACUUUAUCCCUGCGUCUAAAUAAUAAAGAAUAGAUUCUAUUUCAAAUG